CCCUGGAAGGCUGUUCCUUUGCCCUGGAUGAAGAUGAAGGAUAUGGACAGAGAAGAAUUUGCCUCAAGUGUUCAAACCAGGUAAACACCACACCAACCUUUCUUGACAGCUGUAGUUCAAACCAAAUGGAAAAUGAAACAUCCAUUGUUAAUAGAACAGACAUAUCAAUGAAAGAGGGAGAGUCCAGUGUUGAAGCCACAUCGAUUGAGGGCUGGAGAGGCCUCUCAAUUCAAUCGAAGCCAGGUGGCUACUAUUGGAGGCCCAAUCCUGAUUUCCCAUUUCCCAUCUUUGUUGAAUGAAUCUGGAAAGGUAAAGAUCGGUUUAUUAAAAAAUGGCAUGACUGCACCAUUGGGCCUUGUAAGAAUAGAUAAGAGAAAUGUUAGCCUCACCAAUACAUGCAGCUUCGAUGCUGCAUGUCAAGUCAUUGCUGCAGCCUUGAGUGAUAGUUAUUCAUAUAGAGAGGCACUAGACUCAAUCCCCGAGAUUGCAAACUCAAUUUUUGGCGUUGCCAAGGAUAUUGCAACGAAAGGGGCAAACAAAUUAGCUUAUAGAAAAAGGGCUAAUAUUUUGUAUAAUUCAUUCGCAAAUGAAAUAUUAGCUGGUGGAGUACACAGAGUAGAUUGUAGCUGCGACUGCUCGAAUUUGAUGAGAAAAAUUUGCACAGUUCCAUCAGUAAUUGAGGAGGUGAUGUGCUCCUCAGAGUAUUGUGCGAACCAAUUCACUGAGAGAAGACUGUCAGUUUUAUCAGUGGUAUUCGACAGAGCUGCGGAUGAGUGCUUCAGGAGGCUGAGUGGAUAUUUGGAGGAUGGAGAUAUCGAGGAUCAGCAUCUAUGUUUGAUGGAAUUGGAGCUCCCCUCAGAUAAGAACGACGUGUCACCAAACGCCUUCAUAUAUGAUGCAGAUAUAUCCAAAAAGGGACCACUAUGUUCUGGAUUGACUAGUCGACGAGCACGAAGUGGACCUCAUCUAUUCAUAGAGGUCAUUGGAAGUGAGGAGAACCUUCCGGGUGACGGAGGUGACGUUGGAGUGAUGGAGGUGGUAAAAUGCUGUCUAAAAGAUGUGCGAACUGAGUUGGUCUACAAGGGAAACAACUACACCCUGCGAGGGAUUGUCACUUUCACACCGCCGGCACGCACCACCGAUAUUGGACACUUCCAGGGAUAUGCAAGAAGAUGUGACUCAACAUGGGAGGUAUAUGACGACUUGAGAAACAAAAUUUCAAUAGCAGAUCCUAAGUCAGAGAUAAAUAUUCACCUCGUUUUAUAUACCAUUUGAAAUUAAUGAAACUUCUUCAAACAAUUGUCAAAUAUUAUGAUGUCACUAUUAUAAAUGACAAACUUCAUAAAUAAACUAGCUCAGACAAAUACAAUAUUAUUUUUGUAUACUAAUGAAAAAAUAAAAUUAGCAUCCUAAAAAUACUUAUAAAUCAAGAACUGCCAUUGGAGAUAAUUAUUGUGCAUAAUACUGUUGUAGGUAGAAGGACUUAGGAUGAACAUAGCGAGAUAUCAAUAAUUUAUUAUUGCAGUAUAUUUUCGAUAUACAUGAAUAAGAUGUACCUGCAAAAUAUAAUAAUGUGGGGCUUUGCUAUUUUUCAGAAAUUUAGGAAUAAUAUUAUAAGAUCUGUAUAAUUUGUACAAAAGAAAAUUUUUUAAUUAUUGCUUUAAAAUUUGUACAUAACUUUGUAACAUUGUAGUUAUAUAGUAUAGACUUAGCUUAAUAAGAUUAUAAAUGAUAGGUAUUCAUCAAUGAGAUAUCCCCCAUAUGAUUUUUAUUAUUAUAAA